GUCACUCUCAGGUGAGAAAAGGCGGGUGCUUCCACAAAUUCUAAGGCGUCUGACCGGAGAAGCAAUACGUAAAGACGUACGGAGAAAGUAUUCAGGGGAGAAAUGGCAAAAUGGCAGAAAUGACUGACCCGAACUUCGUGGCGGCCGGCGGAGCGACUCAGGCCUCGGGACAGCAGAGUGAGGCCCAGCAGCUGCUGCAGACCUUCUGGCCCAGGCAGCUACAGGCCAUCCGAGUCAUGAACCCUGCAGACUUCAAGGUCCAGGAGCUACCCUUAGCUAGGAUCAAGAAAAUCAUGAAACUGGAUGAAGAUGUCAAGAUGAUCAGUGCGGAGGCCCCACUACUGUUUGCAAAAGCUUGUGAGAUUUUCAUCAGUGAGCUGACCCUCCGUGCCUGGGUCCACACCGAGGACAACAAGAGACGAACACUGCAGAGAAAUGACAUUGCCAUGGCCAUCACAAAGUUUGACCAGUUUGACUUCCUCAUUGACAUUGUGCCAAGGGAUGAGCUCAAACCACCAAAGAGACAGGAGGAAGUACGACAAGCGGUCAUGGCCCCAGACCAGGUCCAGUACUACUUCCAGCUGGCGCAGCAGCACGUGCAGAUGCAGCAGCCGCAGCAGCAGGCUGUCGGACAGAUCCAGCCGCAGACGGCGCAGCCGGUCCAGAGCCAGAUCAUUUCCCAGCAGCAGCAGGUGGGGAGUACUUUUCCUCAAAAUACUCCUUCCCCUCUGCAACCUCCCGCAGCUCAGCAGCAGAUCAUCUCACCACAGCCACAACAGAGGGCAGUUGGAGUGCAGGGCCAUGGCGGGCUACAGCCAAGCUCACUAACACAACGUUCCAACCAAAUUGUGGUCCAGCAGAGUCCCAUCCAGCAGCAGGUGCAGACCCAGGUGCAGUCGCAGGUGCAGUCACAACCAGCUGCAGUCUCUGUGAACACAGCCCCUGUGAUGUCAUCUAGUACAGAUGUCCAGACGUCGGUACCACAGGUGAUCCAGGUGCAGACAGGACCGGGACAGCAGCAGGGCAUCCAGACUAUCAUGGUUCAGCAGACAGACCCAAACACUGGACAGAUCCAACACAUACCGGUCCAGGUGCAAGGUGGGCAGCUACAGUACAUCAGGCUAGCCCAGCCUCCCCAACAACAACAACAGCAACAACAGCAGCCACAGCAAGGGCAGCUUGUACAGCAGAUAGCUGUACCAGCUGGACAACAGCAACAACAGCAGCAGCAGCAACAACAACAGCAACAGCAGCAACAGUUCACUCAGUUUACUGCAGAUGGGCAGCAAUACCUCCUACAGCAAGUGAACAUCCCCACCAGUGGGGCUCCUACCCCCCAGCAGAUCUUUGUGGCACAGUCCAGUCCCUCUGGGGGAACAGCAGGAACUCAGCAGACAGCACUGCUACAGCAGGAUGGACAGCAACAGGACCAGCAACAGCAGACCUAGUGAACAAGCCUGGAGCAGUAACAACUGUGUUUGUAUUUUAAACAUGAUAUACCACAUCAUAUUUACAGAAGAUAAGUAUAGAGUCUAUGACCUUCUUUGGGCAGCAUUAUGGUAUACUAGCAGAAGUUUGGUAAGAAAAAUGGAAAUUUUAAUGUCCUCUGGCCUCAAAAUACAGCAAAAUAGCAAUGUUGAAAGUAAGAGGAAUAAUAAACUGUGUAAGGACAAUGGACAAGUUUCCAGAAAAGUUGCAAAAGAGGGGCAACACAGUCAAUAGCAUCAUCUAAAUGUUACUGACAAGUACAAUAAAAUUAAGGAUACACAUUGUAUCAAUGUAGACCAGC